AUGGAUCAAAAUAUUGAAGAAGAAGAGUAGGGAAGAAUUGCUUAAUAGAGAGUAAAAGAUGGUUAAUAGUCGUAGUCUUAUUCAAGAGUGGAUGCAUCUUCUCCGAAUAAGAAAAAUAGUCAAGGUGAAUUGGAUUAGGCAACAAGAACAGUAACUCAUAGAAAAUCAGUUAUUUUGGGAGCCAAAAGCAGUAGAACAAGUUCAGAUAGCAAUCGUGGAUUCAGACAUAAAGUUGAGAUAUUUUUGGAGAGCUUUAAUUAUAUGAUCUUUAUGACAAUUGUAACAGUGUAUGCAUUAUUUGGAGAUGAUGUUCGAGUGUUGGCUACAGAUAAGGAUGGUGAUGAAGUAUUUUGGGUAAUUACCACAAUUUGUAUGAGUCUCUUUUUUAUUGAAAUUGUGCUUGCCUCUAUUUGUAAAGAUGGAUAUUUUAUCGGUUUCUUCUUUUGGUUGGAUUUGUUGUCAACAGUUUCAAUGCUAUUAGACAUUGGAUGGGUUAGUAAUGCAAUAUUUGGAACUAGUGGAGGAGCAGCAUUGAGUGCAGUUUCAUUGGCAAGGGCUGGAAGAGCAUCUAGAGUAGGAACAAGAGCCGGAAGAAUAGUAAGAGUAGUAAGAUUAGUGAGACUAUCAAAAUUGUAUAAACAUGCCAAACAAUCAUUGGAGAAGGAAGCAGAGAAGUUGUUGGCAGAAGAAAUGAAAGAGGAGAAUUUAAUGGAGAAUAACAAUUAAGAUCAAGAACAUCAAAGACAAGAAUAACCAAAUGAUGCCGUUUCUUCUUAAAGAUCUGUUGAAUCAUCUGAAAGAAAUGUUAAACAUUCAGGAAUGAGUGUUGUACAAUAAUAACCAGUUUAGUAGGCUAAUUAAUAAAGAACUUCUAUUAUGAUGUUUAAUGGGGCAUCUAAUAAUAAUUAGAUCAGCCAAGAAAAUGAUCACAGGUUUUAAAGAAGAUAAACCAGGAAAAUUGUUAUGUCUGGUUAAAUUCAAUCACUUACAACUAUUUAAAAAAGAAAAUCCGUUAUUAUGCAAUCUCCAAAUAAAUCAUCACAUCCUCAUUAGUCAGAUGAAGGAGAAAUACGUGAAACCAAUAUAGGUAAAGAAUUGACUGAAUUAACUAAUAAGAGAGUCAUUACUAUUGUCAUGCUCAUAUUGUUUAGUGUCCCUAUAUUGAAUCUCAGUACUUAUGUCGACUAAAAUGUAAGUUUCACCACUGGGUUAUAAGCAAUAUAGUUUUGGGCCAAAGACCCUGAAAUAUAUGAUUAUCUUAUUAAAGACUUUAUCACAUAUCAUGAACCAUUGAGAACUGGAUUAGUAUUUUUUGAAAUCAAUUCUACCAUAUUACAUCCAAAGGAUGACCCUUAUUAAUAUGAAGAUUACAGAACAACUUCAUUGUAAUAUUAUACAACAACAGAUUCUGAAGGCAAGGAUGCAGUAUCUAUAUGUACUACGAUUACAGAUGAUGAAUUAAAUGCUAUUUUAUCAAUAAUCAGAACAAUCUUUGUGUCUAUAGUUCUUUCUGUAGCGGCAGUAUUGUUUAGUAGGGAUGUCUAAGACUUGAUUUUAACACCCGUUGAGAAAAUGUUGGAAACAGUCAAGAAAAUAGCAGAAAAUCCAUUGGUUGCAGCAUAAGAAGAAGAAAAUAAGGCAUUUAUUUAAAUGAUUGAAAAUGAUGAGAAAUUGGAAACAGUUAUCCUAUAGAAAUUAAUUGUUAAGAUUGGAACCUUAUUGGCAUUAGGAUUUGGAGAAGCUGGAUCUCAAAUUAUAGCUUAAAACAUGGGUGCAAAUGCUUCAAUUAAUCCUAUGUUGCCAGGCAAAAAGGUAAUGGCCAUUUUUGGAUUUUGCGAUAUAAGAAACUUUACAGAUGCCACAGAAGUUCUAUAAUAAGAUGUAAUGGUAUUCGUGAAUGAAAUUGCAGAGAUCGUCCAUGGAGUUGUGGAUUAAUUUUCAGGAAGUGCAAAUAAAAACAUAGGUGAUGCAUUUCUUUUAGUUUGGAAAUUUGCUGAAAGUGAUUAUUAUUAGGAUAAGGAUGGCAACUUAACCGAUAUGUCCAUUUUAUCAUUUGUUACUAUUAUUACUAAUGUUACACUUUCGUAAAAGUUAUAAAAGUAUAAAUAACAUGAGGGACUGAAUAACAGAAUCCCUAAUUAUUCGGUUAAAAUGGGAUUUGGAUUACAUGUUGGAUGGGCUAUAGAAGGAGCAAUAGGAUCAGAAUAUAAAAUAGAUGCAUCGUAUUUGAGUCCAAAUGUUAACAUGGCAUCGAGAUUAGAGGCAGCCACUAAACAAUUUGGAUCAAUGAUACUCAUUUCAGGACAACUAAGAAAUGUAGCUACUAAAGUGACCCAAAAGAAUCUAAGACAUAUUGAUAGAGUGACUGUCAAAGGUAGUAUUGAACCUAUGGAUAUUUACACUGUGGAUUUAAAUGUUGAGACUUUAAUUAGAAAAGUUCAUAAAAAGAAGACUGUAGUGGAUUUCAAUAAGAAGGAAAAAUAGAAACAAGUUCAUCUUACAGAAUCAGAGAUAUCUAAAUAAAAAAAAAAGCAGAAGGUCUUGAGAAGAAUGAAAAGAGACAAGUUAAAGUAGGCUGUAUUAAAGAAUCAUGUGGCAAUAUCAGAAACUUGGAUUAAGGACAACAACAUUAAACAAUCUCGUGCUCUGUUUAAUAAAGAAUUUUAUCAUAAAUGGGACAAAGGGUUUUCAUGUUACCUAUCUGGAGAUUGGGAUUAGGCAAAAGCUAUAUUUGAAGAAACUUUAAAUUUUUUACCAAACUACAAAGACGGUCCAAGCAAUACUCUAUUAAGAGUCAUUAAAGAAGAGCCAUACUUAAGAAACAAUUGGAAAGGCUAUAGGGAGCUAACAGAAAAAUGA